AUGGCCUCGUCAUUUGCCCGCGAUGGCUCGCCAUCCAGAGGGCGCUCUACCAGUCCUCGGCCUCGAAUACCCGAGGAGAGUCUUGAAGCGAGCUUGAUGGACGGCCUACCUGAUACCCGCCAGCUGCAAGCUUUUGGUCGAAAAGUCACCGCCACUGCUGGAAGCUUGAUAGGCACCGAGGGUGUCGGCCAGCACUACCAAAACGCCCUGGGUGAGCUGCACCGCGAACUGCGGCGCCCAAUGCUUCAACGAUCCGUCUUUUCUUUUGCCCAGACCACCCCGCGAGAAAUUGUGCGCUCGCGCAUAUCCGUCCCCGAGAUCCAGCAGCGGGCCCUCGCAUACGUACCCGACGACAUGCUCGCCAACAUACCCGAAGACAACAAUGAGUUUUCACUAUUCCAAGGCUUCCAGGCCACAUUACCAGACGAGCCUGAGACGAUAAAGAAGAAGGGAAAGACGCACAACGCCAGAGGGCAACGGCUGAUAGGCGGAGAGCUCGAGGAUGACGAGUACUCCAAGCUUCCGCCGUCUAUGCAACGCCUGCAGAAGCAGAAGCACAGCAUGAGCCACCAACUCGAGAUGAUGGGCGUGCGGAAACACAUGUGCGUGGCUGAGAUUCACGAAAUCGACAACAAGAUUGCAAAUCUCAACACCAUGCGCAAGAUGGUGCUAGACCGCCUGGCUGGGCUCGAGAUACAAGAGGAGGAGCUUGCACAAGACCUGCUCGGCGUGGACAACGAGAUUGAGGACCUUCAAGAAGAGCUGGACGAUGCUGCCGCCCUUGCACCACCGAAGGAGGACUCGCGACCCACCACGUCGGGCAGCGAGGCGGUCUCCGAGACCUUCAUGUCAGAGUCGAUAUACCAGAAGAUCUCGCCCAAGUCGAAGAACAGGGGGAAGAAGCCCAUACGGAGACCGUCGAUGCGAGUGCUUCACGAACACCUGGAAUCCGGGUCCAAGAUCAAGGAGCUACCCGCCCACAACGACUCAAUCACAGCCAUGGACUUUGACGCGCCCUGGGGAACACUAGUCACAGCUUCUCUGGACGACACUGUCCGCGUGUGGGAUCUUAACGCUGGACGCUGUAUAGGAAUGCUCGAAGGCCAUCUGUCGUCGGUACGCUGCCUCCAAGUGGAGGAGAGUAUUGUCGCAACUGGUUCCAUGGACGCUACCAUCCGGCUAUGGGAUUUGAGCAGAGCCGAAUAUGCACCUCAGGACAACCGCGUCAACAAGCGCGGCGGCGAGGGUGAGGGUGAGGGCGACGGUGAUGCACAGGAGGACGAAGAUGGCCUGGCUUUCGAGAACUCGUCUGACGCUCCUCCCGCACCGCCGCCAACCAUCAUGCAAGACGUGCCACUCUUCACUCUCGAGUCUCAUGUUGACGAAAUCACUGCAAUUCACUUCAAGGGCGACACUCUCGUCUCUGGUUCCGCCGACAAGACGCUGAGACAAUGGGAUCUGGUCAAAGGACGUUGUGUGCAGACACUCGAUGUAUUAUGGGCCGCAGCUCAGGCGACUGCCACAAACAACGCCAGUUCUGAAUGGCGGCCGACAGGGCGUUCUAUGGAUGCAUCUGCCGACUUUGUUGGAGCCAUUCAGGUCUUUGAUGCCGCGUUGGCUUGUGGCACUGCAGAUGGCAUGGUGCGAUUGUGGGAUCUGCGAAGCGGACAGGUGCACCGCAGCCUUGUCGGACACACUGGACCCGUUACUGCGCUCCAGUUCGACGAUGUCCAUCUCGUCACUGGCAGCGCAGACAGGAGUAUACGAAUCUGGGAUCUCCGAACUGGCUCCAUUUACGACGCCUACGCCUACGACAACCCCGUCACCAGCAUGAUGUUCGACUCGCGCCGCAUCGUUUCCGCAGCCGGCGAAAGUGUUGUCAAAGUCUACGACAAGACGGACGGCCGCCACUGGAAUUGCGGUCCUGGCGUCGGCGCUGAUGAAGACGACAACACUUCACAUGCCAUGAUCGAGCGUGUCAGGAUAAAAGAUGGCUAUCUUGUUGAAGGCCGCAGGGAUGGCACUGUGGGUGUAUGGUCGUGUUGA